AUGUCCGACUCCAUCAUCUCGGUCGAGUACUCCGGCCGCCUGGCCACCAUCACCAUCGACAACGACAAGAAGCUCAACGCCCUCGACCAGAUGGGCUACUACGAGAUCGCCCGCCUGCUGCGCGAGAUCGCCACCCACGACGAGGUCUACAUCACCCUCCUGACGGCCAAGGGCCGCUACUUCUCGGCCGGCGCCGACGUCUCGUCCAUCAACAACAACCCCCCGGCCGGCCUCGGCAAGGACACCCACCUCCACUGGCUCCGCUCCUUCGUCGCCCUCAACCUCAACGUCACCCAGGCCUUCUACAGCCACCCCAAGAUCCUCGUCGCGGGGCUCAACGGGCCCGCCAUCGGCCUGUCGGCCGCCCUCGUCGCCUUCGCCGACUUUGUCUACUGCACGCCCCAGACCUUCCUGCUGACGCCCUUCUCCUCGCUCGGCCUCGUCGCCGAGGGCGGCGCCUCGCGCGCGCUCGUCCAGCGCCUCGGCAUCUCCAAGGCCAACGAGGCCCUCAUCAUGAGCAAGCGCAUCUCGGCCGACGAGCUGGUGCAGACGGGCUUCGUCAACAGGUGCUUCGCCGAGUGCGGCCGCGGCGAGGACGAGAAAUUCCGCCGGCUCGUGCGCCGCGAGAUCGACGAGCGCCUCGGCGAGCACCUCAUCGGCGACAGCCUGACCGGCAUCAAGAAGCUCAUCCGCCGGCCCGAGAUGGACACCAUGGACCUGCAGAACGUCAACGAGGUCUUUGCCGGCCUCGGCCGCUUCAUGAGCGGCGUGCCGCAGGAGGAGUUCCGCAAGAUUGCCUCGGGGGAGAAGAGGCAUAAGCUCUGCGUCCUCCAGCCCCGAUUUUGCGGCGAUUUGCUGCUCCAGAUCCUUGAACUGGUCGUUGGCUGUUGCACCAGGCACCGCAAGGCAGUUUUCGAGGUAGAGAAUGUCAAAGAGCCACUGUAUCAACAGAUCUUUCUGAAGAUCCCGUUCUUCUGUAGCCGGCUGGGACUUCGUGGCCGCAGCGGACUCUUCCCCCGCGGCAUCCUCGUCGCCAUCUUGCUCCUCGCCAUCUGUCUUCUCGGGUUCUUCCUCGUCGCCUUCCUUUGGCUUUUCCUCCUCGGCACCUUGCGCGGACUUGUCACCAUUCUGCGCCGGCUCCUUCUCGAUCGCCUGCAGGGCCUCGAGCCACGCCUCGCUCAGCAGCUUCCGCAGCUGCCUCCUGAGCACGAGGAGGGCCGCGGGGCUCCAGAGGUCGAUGCCCGCGUCGCCCAGCGAGGCGCAGAGGUCGCGCAGGAACUUGAACGCGCCCGGGGACGGGGAGGCCGGCAGCGCCGGCUCGCCCUCCCACAGCGCCCGGCCCACGACGGCCCUGCGCGCCAGCGCGGACGUGGCGAACUCGUCCACGGGGGAGAUGAUGACCGCGGCCGCGAUCGUCUCGUGCAGCGAGGGCACGGCGGCCAGGCCGAAGGGCCUGACGGCGUCCAGCUGCGGCAGCCUGCUCCUGAUGUCCCGCAGGACGCGCAGGAAGUACAUGGCGAUGUGGCCGCGCGAGGCGUGGUCCUUGUGCGCGCCCCAUCGCUCGGACAGCUGCUCCUCGAGCUCCGAGAACGCCUUGACGAGAGACUCGUCGAGGCGCGUGUGCAGCGUCUGAGGGUCGUCCCUGCUGAGCAGCUGCUGCCGCUGCUCGAUCGUUUCCUCGUCCUCGAUCUCGUCCACGUCGUUCUCCCACCGCUGCCGCCUCAGCUGCGCCACGACCUCGCCUACGUCGUCAAUGACGCGGUACCAGGACUUGUAGCUCGAGACCGCCUUCGACACGGCGUCGCUGCGGCCGUGGAGGCGAGCGAUGACGUCCUGCGCGAAGUGUGCCGCGCCGUUGGCCAGGUCCAUGUCCAGGCCGGUGUCGUCCCACAGAGAAUCGUGCUUGUCCGUGAUGUCCUCCCGCCAAGCUUCCAGCGUCGCGGCGACUUCCGAGCCCACGAGGCGGAGCUUGUUGACUUUGGUGCUCAGGACCUUGAGCAUGUGGCUGUUGAUGGCUUCUCGCAGCCCGUCCAACAUGACCGAUGGGUCGAAGCCGCGCGCCCGUCCGCCGUCCCGGAUCCAGAGCUGGAGGACAUUGGUGCGCAGUUCCACGACGGCCUUGAACUCGGACAGCUUCUCCAACGCCUUCCCCAGGCCCUGCAUGAGCACUUGGCUGUUCUCCGCGGCCCAGUCGGUCAGCAUUUUCUUCGCCUGGCUGCCGUCCAGAUCGUCGUGCCGGAUGUACGGCUUGAAGUACUGGAUCUCGUCGCCGCACCAGCGCUCGUAGAUGUCGAGUCUCAGGGCCUCCACGUCUCGCAGCGCGUGGUCGUUGAGCAGAUCGUCUUUCUUCAAGCCCAGGAGUGCAUCGCUCAAUUUGCUUGGGACCAGCGCCUGGACGUCGAGAAGGGUCCGCGUGUAGAGCUCGAGGCCUCUGAAGACGUCCUGGGGAGUGCUCUGCCUCUCGCCGUCGGCGUCCUGGAAGGCAUAGGCCAUGGCCUGCUUCCUGACCUGCAGAAAGUGCCUCAGCACAUCGCGGGCCCCAGAGCUGUUGGCCAGGCUGUAGGCGCACAGGGCCUUGAGCACGUCUCCGCGAUCGGCGGCGCCCUCUCCGGCCCUCUCCAGCACCUUGUCGAUGCUCCUCAGCACUCUCCUCCGCAGGCUCGCCAUCCUCUUCAGCGACGCCUCGACCGACGCCGCAACCUCCCUCGCCAUGGCGUCGCCCUCCUUGCCGAGGCUGCUCCCCAGAAGGCGGCUCAGGACCACCAACUUCGCCGCAAGGACAAGCCUAUCGCCUCGACUCAGCUCCGCGCCGCCGCCGCCGUUGUUGCCCCCCCUCAGCGCCCUCUCCACGACGAGCACGCACGCCUCGAGGAGCCUCGCCCGGGCAACGAGCCCCGCAUCCUUCAGGGGUGGCCUACCGCCGCCGCCGCCGCCACCCGCCCUCCCGCUAUUCGUCCUCGUGCCCGCGUCCUCCGCCACGAAGCUCGCCAGCGCGCCGACCUUGCCGCCCACGACGGCGCGCCCGCACCGGCCGCCCGCGCGCGCCAGCCCGGCCUGCACGGCCUCCAUGUCCCUGCGCAUGGCGACUAUCGAGUCCGCCGUGCCGAGGAGCUCGCGGUAGGAGCCGCCCACCUGCGUGCGCAGGCGGGCGGCCUUGUCGUCGACCUGCAGGUGCAGGGCCUUGUGGAUGGCGCGGAUCUGGGGCAGGGUGUGGUUCGAGGAGAAGAUCUGGGCCGAGGAGGCGAAGAGGCUUGUGUCGGGGGCUGA